CACAUAUAAAACACGCGCAGAUGUCUUGACAGUACUAGUGUCCGUUCCUUUCUACGGUAAUCUGUACACUGAAGGCAUUCAUCACAUCUACCUUGCGUAGCCGAAAAAGAAUGCGUUGGCACACUUGCUCUCAGGCAUUAGCUCUCUUGCUAUUGGUGCACACUAGAUCUGUCGUUGGAAUCGACUGGAAUCAGUGUUUCAUCGACAUCAUGGAGAAUGCAAAUGCCACCAAUAAUUUAGCCGGUCUCCUCAAUCUCAACGGAGAUCCCGUGUCGAAUAUUUCCGAUGCCACAGGGAUCAGCUACUCACUGUGCACCUCCUUCUGUGGGAGCGGAUGGCAUUUCCAGUGGUCUGCAUUUGCGCAAGAUUUCAGUUCGUGGCUACUGCCAUUCCUGGCACUGAUUUCGCAGCUCCCUUUUGGGGCACAGGAUAGGUUUGAUAAUCUCAUGUCUGCUGUGUUGACUGUCGGUUCACCAGUACUUGCUGGUUACUCUCUAAUCGUCACCCUCCUUAACUCUCGCUGGAUCAACCGCCAAUUUAGACAAGCGGUGAACUAUCCAAAUUCAGGUAUCGCAGUCUCUAUUGUUAGCAGCCUUCAGCAAGUCCCACUAGAUCUACAUUCCGACCCCAUACACUUCGCAUCUCUUGUCAUCCUUCCGGAAAACGACUGCUGGUGGAAAUACUUCUCUCAGAUGGCACUGGUGGACUACUCUCAUAGUACGUGGUCAAUCGCGUCUGGGACAUCCAUCGUCUGGGUCGUCGUCUCCUAUAUCCUGUCCAUAACCAGCUAUGUCCAGUCAUCAACAAGCUUAAGUGGUGUUGCAAGCAAUGUAGCCGACGGGGGAGCCACUGGUUCAAUGUGGCUGUGGUUGAUUUCAAUAGUCGUCGGAUGGCUGUUACUAUCCCCAAAAUGUGAUCACAAACGCUUAGAAAGUGCUUAUGAACAAGCCGGCCAACACGCGCGCGCAGGAACGGAAUAUGCUCAUCCACCUGCGUUCGCUGAAAAAGCUUUGACCAUAACUGCUCAGGAUAAGGAUGUUGUAUCCCCAGACGAACUCCUCACCCCCCCGGUGUUCAAUUACUCGCGUUCGCUGCAAUGGGCAUCUACAGCAGAGAAAAUCUUCCUGGCGUACAAAAAAGCAUCAGGGAAGGCUGAAGGACGUAUUCCCGUUCAUUCCGAUUCUCCUGAUGACUGGGCCGAGCCCAACGACUCCGAGUCUAAAUCUAUCCACCCCGACAAUCGACAUGGGUCCGAUGACCAAAUCAUUGCUUAUUGUGCCGCACAACCUCGCAGCCGCUGGGCGCCUGGCGUGUUCACAAGAAUGGCUCAAGCGUCAUGUGCUUCGCUUGCAUUACAAUGGGGAACAGUUGGAGGAGCGAUUAUGAUAGAGUGGUUCACUCCUACGAUAGGCUUGGGGUGUCGAUCUCUGGGUUACCUCAUUUAUGGAGCCGUGUCGACUGCUAUUUGGAUAAUGCUCCUGAUAUCCAGUGUUCUCGCCCACUACUCCGGACCUCGUUCCUCCUCUCAAGCGUUACCGGCACGUGUUGCUCUGGUGUUCUCGCACUUGCUGCGAUGGAUGGGCAAACUGUUGGCUAUUGCAAACUCCAUCUGGGUGAUCGUGACGUGUAUUUUCCAGUAUUCCUACUUCUACGAUACAUGCUACUGCAAUUCCAGUAUGAUUAUCAGGGGAAAGACUGCUGGAUACAUGACGAUCAUGGAAACCACAGCCCAAGUUGCACAGACCAAGUCUGCCUGGAUUGGUGGCCUCGUCCUGGCAUGUGCAUCAGCGGCAGCUUUCGUGGUUUUCGUGAGUCUUUUUAUGGAUACUCUUAAGCCUGAGCCUUCGGCAUAAUUGUUGUUGCAAACGUAUAACUUAUGUAGAUAUUUUUGUUUGCCGGAAGCUAUCUUUUACCAACGUUGGCCCUUGUGCAAUAUACCUUUGACUUACUUGUUCCGAUUCACAUCUAACUCCUGAUUACACUCAUUAGUUUAUCCUUUCCGAGUCUACAGGACCUUACCACCCACUCCGCCUCUUACAGAUUCCUUUCCGCGUCUCCCCGAUACCAGCUUGUACAUACUAGCUUAUAUAGUAUACAGCCCUUAGGAGUAGCGCUACGUUAGUGUUUUUGGACCCUCAAUACUAUCCAGCUGGACUUUCAAGCUGCC